CCGACUCGGAUGAAUUGAAAAUCAUUGGAAAAUCAUAGUUGUACUAGUCUAAGAAAGGCAAGAACCACCGGGUACUGAAACAGUACUGUUGGCCAGAAAAAAUCUAGACAAUGCAUGACAAGCCUUCCUAUGGAUUUUACCAUUGAGUAGUGAGUACCAUCCGACUUGAUUUCACCUGUCUUUGUUCAAUCAGUGACAACCAUCACUAGCUUCGAUCACAUCGCAAAUCAGGGUUGAAAUUUACGUUAAUGGUAAAGUCAAUGUUUAAGCUUCAGUCAAGACAAAGAAUGCACUGAGGAGAUAUUUAACCCUGCGGCUGAAUGCCUCAGUCCAAGACAUCUCUCCCCCCCCCGUUUGAUUGCCACCCUCGUUUGAUACGACUUCCGAUGGCUCUCUUCGGCGCACUAGAACCUCAGUAUCUCCCACCAACGGAGGACUAUAACUCGUUUUACGAGCUCGCUCCCUUUCCGUUUAGUGGCACCUACUCUGUCGAGUUCUUCCCAGAGCCGAUACUUGGCUUGGACCAGAAUGGCUUCUUGUCAAUGGAUAGUUUCCAAACCGACUUCUACCGUGACGUGCUUGACCCGACACCGGCCUACGACGCAUUUACAUCCCUCUUCCUCCCGACACAGCCCGCUGCGACUCCGACAGACGUCGCGCCUAUCAUAACCGCUCCGUCUGUGCUAUCUGACAUUCAGCCGACCGAUCUCAACGAGGAAGAUGCUGAUUACGACCUUGAUCCCGAUUUCGCGGACGACUUCGCGACGGACCCUCUGCCCUUCACCCAAUGCAGGAGCUUUACCUCAGCACCAUCUUCUCCGCUGUCAUCCCUUUCAAGUCUGGCCGACACGGACGACGCAGAGCUCGUCUACGAUGAACCAGCGUGCAAGGAGCCUGAGUCUUUAUCGGGAAGUCGCAAGCGUGCGCGGGUCUCCGAGUUGCCAGCGACGAUUACCAUAUACCGCCGUACCGGUGCGACUAGACGAUCACGCUGCAAAAAUGGAGACUUCAAAAACUCUCUCGAACGCUAUGCAUUCCACGAUGACCCACAGCAUGUGCGUUGUAUGGAGAUAGGGUGUACCGCUCAGUUUGAGAGCGUUAACGCUGCUAUAGACCAUAUGCCUGUGGCUCACCCUUGCGAAAGAGAGCCCAAGACUAAGAAGAAGUCCAAGCCUGCCAAGAAUCCCAAGCGUUUCCGAUGCGUAUAUUUCGAAUGUGACAAGAUCAAGAGUAGCGUUGGGGAUAUGCGGAGGCACUUGAUAUCGGAGGACCAUCAGUGCAAGAGGUUUAAGUGUGGAGACUGUGGAGGGCUGUGCCAGCGGCCGGAUCCUGUGAAGAGGCACCAGGACAAAUUUCGCGGGAAGUGCAAAGGUCGGUAUACCGAAGACCAACCAAUCAAGCAAAGAGCUAGAAGGACGUAAUUGACAUGUCUUUGAGGUUUGCUGCCAGUCCUAAGGACUUGAAUUCCCAUUCCUUAUGCUACCGUUCAUGUAUCUACCUGUAGACUGUAAUCGCAUCUGGCGCAAAAGUACUGGGUACCGGGCGUCGUACAUGUUAUCCACUGGCAUAUGUAAGCAAUACCCGAUGGUAUCAUGGAUUUGAAGAAUACGCGAAAUGCUUCGACCAAAAGAGCGAAUUGUUACUGAGUCCUAGUUGCCGGUGAUUAGUCCGUCAGGAUUUUUCCAGUGACAUAGUACAAUCAACGCAGCGGUCACCAAAAGUACGUACUGU